AAACAUAAGGUGGAAAAAGAGAUUGACAAACUAGUUGAGCAAGGGGUUUUAGAGCCAGUACCAUACAGCAAAUGGGAGACCCCGAUCGUAACCCCUGUCAAAUCAGAUGGGUCCAUACGACUAUGCGCCGAUUACAAAUGUACGAUUAACAAGGCGCUGCAGCAACAUUCGUACCCGGUCCCGGUAAUAAGCCACAUUUUGGCUUCCCUGGGGGGUGGCAAGAUUUUCGCCAAAUUUGACCUGGCCCAGGCAUACCAGCAGUUGCCUGUCACCCCGGAGGCUGCCGAGGCCCAAACAAUUGUAACCCACCAAGGGGCUUUUAAAGUGAACAGGCUGCAAUUCGGGGUCAACGUAGCACCUGGGAUUUUUCAGGGCCUCAUGGAACGUCUACUAAGGGGGGUACCUGGCACAGUGCCCUAUUUUGACGACGUGCUGAUUGCGGGCGGGUCUGAACAGGAACUACUGGACCGGGUUAAAGAGGUCCUCAGGCGUUUUCAAAAUGCCGGUCUCAGAGUUAAGCGCUCAAAAUGCACGCUCGGGGUGGAAAGUGUGGACUUCCUGGGGUUUCGCAUUGACGCAGAGGGAGUCCACCCCACGGAUGAGAAGGUAUCUGCAAUCCAAAACGCCCCCAGGCCGGUGAGUAAGAAGGAGCUCCAAUCCUUUUUAGGACUCCUGAAUUUUUAUCAUGCGUUUUUACCGCAUAAGGCAUCAGUGGCGGCCCCUUUGCACGCGCUUUUGCACAAGGAGGCAAAAUGGAAGUGGGGGCAGGCCGAGGAAAAGGCUUUUGUGGGAGUCAAGGAGCUGCUGACAUCUAAUGCCGUACUCACGCAUUAUGAUGAACACAAGCUCCUGGUGUUAGCUGCUGACGCUUCACCUUUUGGAGUAGGCGCAGUUUUAAGCCAUCUGAUGCCUGAUGGGAGCGAAGCGCCUAUCGCUUUUUAUUCUAGAUCACUAUCUGCGGCAGAGCGGAACUAUGCCCAGAUAGACAAGGAGGGUCUGGCGUUGGUAGCGGCUGUCAAAAAGUUCCAUGAUUUUAUUUUUGGCAGACGAUUUUUGCUGGUCACUGACCACAAGCCGCUACUGGGGAUUUUUGCGCCCGAUAAGCAAUUGCCAAACAUCAUGUCCCCACGCAUGCUUAGAUGGGCGAUAUUUUUGCAGGCUUAUGAUUUUGACUUAGAGCACCGGGCAGCACACACGGCCAAGGAUAGCGUGCUGUCCCGAGUAUUAAACUGGGUUUGGAGGGGGUGGCCGGUUGGAAGCGUUGAACCGGAGUUCGGCCCUUACAAAAGCCGUCAAAAUGAACUAUCCAUUUCUAAGGGCUGUGUAUUAUGGGGGAACAGGGUGGUGGUUCCUGACAAACUCAGGACGAGAGUGUUAGAGUCGCUGCACGAGGGUCACCCCGGUAUGGUACACACCAAAGCGUUGGCCAGAGGGUAUGUCUGGUGGCCGGGGCUGGACAAAGAGAUCGAAGAAUGGGUACGAGGGUGUCCCAAAUGCCAGCAAGUCAGACCCGAUCCCCCACAAGCUACACCCCAAGGCUGGGAGUCAUCUGGUAAACCCUGGGCCAGAUUGCAUAUAGAUUUUGCUGGCCCUCUCCAAGGGCAAAUGUUCCUAAUUGUGGUGGACGCUAUGUCCAAAUGGCUGGAGGUCGUGCAUAUGAAAUCGACCACAUCACUUGCUGUGAUCCAUGCGCUCCGCCGACUUUUUGCCACCCACGGGUUGCCUGACGUCAUCGUCAGUGACAACGGGCCUCAAUUUGUGUCUGAGGAAUUUAGGCUCUUCCUCACGAGUAAUGGCAUACGCCAAAUGACUUCGGCCCCUUUCCAUCCGGCAUCUAAUGGCCAAGCCGAACGGAUGGUCAGGACGGCCAAAGAGGCCCUGGGUAAAAUGCGGAGACUCACGACCCGUUUGAACCGAAUGCACCCAGACCUCACUGCUCCGACUCCCAUUGUGCAACCCAGGAACCAAGCAGUGACGACGAGGAGAGUGAUGGCGGCGAGAGGGCAAUGGCAGCAGCAAGCUCCCAGGGACACCAUGAUAGCCGCCCAUUCCUGGCAUGGGGCACCAGGGCCCAUUGUCCCCACACCACAGGAACACCAGAGGGAUCACAGGAUGACGAUGAGGGGGAAGCAGAACCAGUGGAGGCUGGCCAACGAGAUCCAGAACGUGAGUGGUGGCAUGGGAGGUGGGACCGCAUGGCAUCAUGGAAGUUGCAUGCUGGCUGAGCCACCAGAGAGAUGUGCGUCUUGCCACUACUCCCCAGGCCUGCCACCAGACGUCAAUAUGGGAGACCUCACGGCUGCCGAGAGGGCAGCACUCAUCACCAGCAGGAGGAGGCGGGUCUCGGCCCUACAACGUGUCAGAGAACAUCUUGCUGCCCAGAGCAGGGAGCAGAGCAGACAGGACAGGAGGGCAGAACAGAGGCAGCAUGAGGAAGUUCUGGCACAGCUGCAGGCCGCCACUGCAGAUGACCGAGAGGACCAGAGAUGUGUCCACUCCAUGGACACAUCCACCAAUUCCAUGGUGGAGCUGACACAUUCUAUUACCCUGCUGGUGGAGACCAUCCGUAUCCGUGGCCAGCCCCCACAGGCAGCCCCCGGCCCCGUAGCCACGACGCCCCCCGCAGCCCAGCCCCCGCAGGCAGGUCGCGGCUCCGUGGGCAGGGGUAGUUGUAGUCUGCAAUAG